GAGUAAGAUGGCUGAACUCGAUGUCAACAAAGUUUGUAUGAUCUUGCAGUUAUGAAACAGAAUGAAAAUGGACAGCACCAGUUCUGAUCGUAGUCCUUCGAGUGAGAAUGCCUCUGGUUCGUGGACUCGGUACUGGGAACAGGAGACAAGGAGUCUGUCCGGUAUAAAUAUUGGCCGGAGCAGUGAGCUGGAUGACUUGAUGGAGGAUAAGGAGAUUGCUUCGAAGGCAGUCGCAUUUGUUGUGAAGAGCACGCGCAGGGGCAUCGUGCCUCUAUGCGCUGACGUCGCCAACCUACUGCGAGAGAAACACAG